GCAGAGAGAGAGAAAAUUUGUGAGAGAGAGACUGGAACAGGAACGGCAGCGCUAGUGGCGGCUGCUUCAUUGAUACCCUGCGUUCAAACUCGGUGAAGGCAGCGUGGGCUUUUCAAGUUGACUGGCUUGCGCCAUAUCCGUUUUCCCUUGCUCAAACGUGGUCUCACACCAGUUGAGAGGGCGUGUACGAGCUCUCUUCCUCUUCAUCCUGCUGAUCCAUCACCUUUUUGACUCGUCAUCAUGCCAAAGUGGGGCAAGUCCAAGAAGCAGCCCCCAGAGGGUUGGGAGCUGAUUGAACCCACCAUCGAGGAGCUGGACAUGAAGUUGCGCGAAGCUGAACAAGAAUCACACGAUGGCAAGCGCCGGUGCGAGAGCCUCUGGCCCAUUUACAGGAUCCAUCAUCAGAAAAGCAGGUACAUUUACGACUUGUAUUACAAGCGCAAGGCCAUCUCUCAAGAACUCUAUGAUUACUGCCUCAAGGAGAACAUUGCCGAUCGCAAUCUUAUUGCCAAAUGGAAAAAGAACGGUUAUGAGAAUCUGUGCUGCUUGGCCUGCGUCCAGACCCGUGACACGCAGCAUGGCACGACAUGCAUUUGCCGUGUUCCCCGCUCACAGUUGCCCGAGGGACACGUGGUAGAGUGCGUCACUUGCGGUUGCCGUGGCUGCGGCGGCAAUUGAUUUCAGCGAAUGUAGUGC